AUGCCGCGCGCACCCCGUUGCCGCGCUGUGCGCGCUCUGCUGCGUGGCUGCUAUCGCGAGGUGCUGCCUCUGGACACCUUCGUGCGGCGCCUGGGUCCCGAGGGUCGUCGCCUUGUGCAGCGUGGGGACCCGACAGUCUUUCGCGCGCUGGUGGCCCAGUGCCUGGUGUGUGUGCCCUGGGACGCGCAGCCGCCCCCCGCCAGCCCGGACUUCCGCCAGGUGUCCUGCCUGAAGGAGCUGGUGGCCAGGGUCGUGCAGAGACUCUGCGAGCGCGGCACGAGGAAUGUGCUGGCUUUCGGCUUUGCGCUGCUGGACGGGGCCCGCAGCGGUCCCCCCGUGGCCUUCACGACAAAUGUGUGCAGCUAUGUGCCCAACACAGUGACUGAGACGCUGCGAGGCAGUGGCGCGUGGGGGUUGCUGCUGCGCCGUGUAGGCGACGACGUGCUCACCUACCUGCUGGCACGCUGCGCGCUCUACCUGCUGGUGGCCCCUAGCUGCGCUUACCAGGUGUGCGGGCCACCGCUCUACGACCUCUGCACCACAAGACACAGAAACGGGGCCCUGACGGGCCUCGGAUCCACACUCCAGGCCUGGAAUGGCGGCAGUGGGGAGGCCGGCGUACCCCCGGGCUUCCGCUCCAGGCGACGGGGGCGAAGCCACGCGGGGGAAAGUCCACCACAGGCCAAGAGGCCCAGGCGUGGCCCAAUCCCAGAGCCAGAACUGGGGCCGAGUGCAAGCCAUUUCCACGCGGCGACACCUACCAGAGCUGCCGCGGAAGCCGCAUCUGGGAAGGACGAUCCACGCAAGACCCAGCGUCCCUCACCACUGCAGGGCCUCAAACGCGAUGCCGGCUGCCCAUCUUCUCAUCCGUCAAGUCCCCAGGCCUCUCCCAGUCCCGGAGUGGUCGGAGUGGUCGCCGAAACCAAGCACUUUCUCUACUGCUCCGGUGGCAAGGAACAGCUGCGCUCCUCCUUCCUGCUUAACUCCCUGCCCCCCAGCCUGACGGGGGCCCGUAGACUCGUGGAAACCAUCUUUCUGGACUGCAAGCCCCUGCAGCCUGGCGCUUCCCGCAGGACGCGCCGCCUGCCUGCGCGCUACUGGCAGAUGAGGCCUCUGUUCCGGGAUCUUCUUGGGAACCAUGCACGGUGCCCCUAUGGCACGCUACUCAGGAAACACUGCCCACUGCGGGCCACGGCCACUGUAGAGGCAGCGGGAUCCAGCGACAAGGGGUACGGUGCAGUGGGCAUCUGCGCCCCGAAGGACGUUGACCCGCAGCACCUGGCCCAGCUGCUCCGCCAGCACAGCAGCCCAGGGCACGUGUACGGGCUCCUGCGGGCCUGUCUUCGCCAGCUGGUGCCGCCUGGCCUCUGGGGUUCCAGGCACAAUGAGCGCCGCUUCUUGAAAACCGUGAAGAAGUUCAUCUUUCUGGGGAAGUACGCCAAGCUCUCACGUCAGGAGCUGACCUGGAAGAUGAAAGUGCAGGACUGUGCCUGGCUGUGCAGAAACCCAGGGGGUCGCUGUGUCCCGGCCGCAGAACACCACCUAAGAGAAGCGAUCUUGGCCAAGUUCCUGUGCUGGUUAAUGGGCACGUAUGUGGUUGAGCUGCUAAAGUCCUUUUUUUAUGUCACGGAGACCACAUUUCAGAAAAACCAGCUCUUCUUCUUCCGGAAGAGUGUCUGGAGCCAGUUGCAAAACAUCGGGAUCAGACAACACUUCGAUAGGGUGCAGCUUCGUGAACUGUCAGCAGCUGAGGUCAAGCGACAUCAGGAAGCCAGACCUGCUCUGCUGAUGUCCAGACUCCGUUUCCUCCCCAAGCCCAGCGGGCUGCGGCCGAUUGUGAACAUGGACUACGUUCUGGGAGCCAGAGCAUUCCGCAGGGACAAGAAGGUGCAGCAUCUCACUUCAAAAGUCAAGACGCUGUUCAGCGUGCUGAACUACGAGCGGGCGCAGCGCCCUGGCCUCCUGGGUGCCUCUGUGCUGGGCAUGGACGAUAUCUAUAGGGCCUGGCGUGACUUUGUGGUGCGCGUGCGGGCCCAGGACUCAGCACCCCAGCUGUACUUCGUCAAGGUGGACGUGAUGGGUGCCUAUGACGCCCUUCCUCAGGACAGGCUGGUGGAGGUAAUCGCCAGUGUGAUCAAGCCGCAAGAGCACACAUACUGCCUCCGCCAGUACGCCGUGGUCCAGAGAACUGCCCACGGGCACGUCCGGAAGUCCUUCAAAAGACACGUGUCUACCUUCACGGACCUCCAGCCUUACAUGAAACAGUUUGUGCAGCAGCUGCAGAGGGCAAGCUCGCUGAGGGACGCCGUGGUCAUUGAGCAGAGCUGCUCUCUGAACGAGGCCAGCAGCAGCCUGUUUGAUUUCUUCCUACGCCUGGUGCACAACCACGUCAUAAGGAUUGGGGGCAAGUUUUAUGUCCAGUGUCAGGGGAUCCCCCAGGGCUCCAUCCUGUCCACCCUGUUGUGCAGCUUGUGCUACGCAGACAUGGAGAACAGGGUGUUCCCUGGGCUUCAGCAGGACGGGGUGCUCCUGCGUUUGGUGGAUGACUUCUUGCUGGUCACCCCUCACCUGACACAAGCGAAAGCCUUUCUCAGGACCCUGGUCAAGGGCGUGCCUGAGUACGGCUGUAUGGCAAACUUGCGGAAGACAGUUGUGAACUUCCCUGUGGAAGACGACAUCCUGGGCGAUGUGGCCCCGCUGCAGCUGCCGGCCCACUGCCUGUUCCCCUGGUGCGGCUUGCUGCUGGACACACGGACCCUGGAGGUGUUCUGCGACUACUCUAGUUACGCCCAGACCUCAAUCAGAGCAAGCCUCACCUUCAGCCAGGGCUUCAAGGCCGGGAGGAGCCUGCGACGGAAGCUCUUCGCAGUGUUGAGGCUGAAAUGUCACAGCCUGUUUCUGGAUCUGCAGGUGAACAGCCUUCAGACAGUUUGCACAAACGUUUACAAGAUAUUCUUGCUGCAGGCCUACAGGUUUCACGCCUGUGUGCUCCAGCUCCCGUUUGAUCAGCACGUUCGGAAGAACCCCUCAUUUUUCCUCCGUGUCAUCUCUGACACUGCGUCCCGCUGCUAUGCCCUUCUGAAAGCCAAGAACACAGGGAUGUUGCUGGGGACCAAAGGUGCUGCAGGCCCAUUUCCUUCCGAAGCCACAAGGUGGCUGUGCCUCCACGCCUUCCUACUGAAGCUGUCUCGUCACAGCGCCACCUACAGGUGUCUCCUGGGAGCACUCCAGGCCGCCCAAGCACAGCUGUGCCGGCAGCUCCCAAGGACAACGCUGGCCACCCUGCACGCCGCAGCUGAUCCAGCGCUGACCACAGACUUCGAGGCCAUCUUGGACUGAUGGCCACCCCUUCUCACAGCCCAGAGUGGGCUCCAGGCCCUCGAGCCCCAUCCCUGCUGGGUCCACCCAGAGGGUCUGGCCCCUGUGCCCUGAGACCCCAAGAUGUGUGCUGCUUGCUGGGCUGCUUCCUGGAGUGGGUCUGCCCCCAAGUCCUCAAGGAAGCAGAGCCUGCCCUGCCUUCAAACACCUCCCAUCCCCCUGCUACCUCUUUCUAGUGACAGGUUCAUCCUUCAGUUGCUCACUGCCAGGAGGAGGCAUGUAGAAGAGCCUGGCUGGGUCAUUGGCAUCUAUAAGGGAAAUGUCAGGGACCUUUGUCACCCUCCUUGCUGUGGGGACACCCAGGUCUAGAGUGAUGGCCCAUAAGUGGUGGGUGUGUGUGGAUUCCUUCCCGCUGAUCUGCAUAGAGUCCUGAAUCAAGCCAUCCACGCCCAAUGGAGCAGCUGAUGCCCACACCAUCUGAUGCCCCAUCUGCAUC